CAUGCACAUCGGGAGAAUUCUGUGAACAUUGCGAGCAUCACGAGCGAACAAUUCGUACGAGUCAUCAUUACGUUUGUAAUCUUUUACACGCGGAAAGCAAAAGGAGAGGAUAUAUAUUGACGAGAUAGAUUUCUGACGUCCGGAAUGAGUGAGCAGGUGGCUUUAUUGAAAGAGAAAGGGAAUGUUGCUCUACAAGAGGGCAAGUUCGACGAAGCUAUCACGUUUUACACCCAGGCAAUCGAAUUAGACAGCAGUAAUCAUGUUCUGUACAGCAAUCGUUCGGCAGCGUAUGCGAAAUCUGGAAAAUAUCUACAGGCAUUGGAAGAUGCGGAGAAGACAGUCAGUUUGAAACCUGACUGGGGAAAAGGUUACUCGCGCAAGGGCAGCGCCCUAGCUUACUUGGGUAGAUUUGACGAAUCUGUCAAAGCUUAUGAGAAAGGUUUGCAACACGAUCCCAAAAAUGAACAGCUCAAAAACGGCCUGGCUGAUGUAAGAGCUCAAAAAACGGCGAGCUUGUCUAAUCCCUUCAAUUCACCAGAUAUUUUUAUGAAAUUAGCAAAUGAUCCCAGAACACAGAAAUUUUUAUCUGAUCCCGAUUACUUGAAAUUACUGCAAGAAUUGCGCACUAAUCCUCAGAGUCUGGGCACCAGACUACAGGACACCAGGGUGCUUACUACUCUUAGCGUAUUAUUAGGAAUGAGUGCCGAUAUGGAAGAGCCAAUGGAGACAGAACCAAUGAAUCCACCGGAACCACCAAAACCCAAGCCAGAACCAAAACCGGAAAAGAAAGAAGAGGACAGUCUUCCACCAGAGAAAAGAAAAGCUUUAGAAGAGAAAAAGCUUGGUAACGAUGCCUAUAAAAAGAAGAAUUUCGAGGAAGCUUUAAAACACUACAACACAGCUGUGGAAUUGGACUCGACAGAAAUUGUUUAUCUGUUAAAUAUCGCGGCAGUGUACUUCGAACAGAAGGAGUACGAAAAAUGUAUCAGUCAAUGUGAGAACGCUAUCGAGGUUGGCAGAGAGAACAGAGCGGAUUUCAAAUUAAUAGCCAAAGCAUUAGCGAGAAUUGGUCACGCCUAUAAAAAGAUGGAGAACUGGAAACAAGCUAAAAUAUAUUACGAGAAGAGCAUGUCGGAACACAGAACACCAGAAAUUAAAACCUUACUCUCGGACAUAGAUAAGAUAAUUAGGGAACAGGAAAGAAAAGCUUACAUCGAUCCUGUCAAGGCGGAAGAGGAAAAGGAAUUGGGAAAUCAAAAAUACAAAAGCGGCGAUUAUCCCGGAGCCAUUAAGCACUAUUCCGAAGCAAUUCUUAGGAAUCCGGAUGAACCAAAAUACUAUAGCAACAGAGCGGCCUGUUACACCAAACUAACGGCGUUCGACUUAGGUUUGAAAGAUUGCGAAAAGAUCGUUGAGCUGGAUCCGAAGUUCAUCAAGGGAUGGAUCAGGAAAGGAAAGAUUCUGCAAGCCAUGCAACAACAAGGUAAAGCUUUGACAGCAUACCAGAAAGCUGUGGAAUUAGACCCACAGAACAGCGAAGCGUUAGAGGGCUAUCGAUCCUGCGCUGUAUCUGCUAGUUCUAAUCCCGAGGAAGUCAGGAAGAGAGCAAUGGCUGAUCCGGAAGUCCAGAGCAUAUUAAGAGAUCCGGCAAUGAGAUUGAUUUUAGAACAAAUGCAAAGCGAUCCGAGAGCGUUACAGGACCAUUUAAAGAAUCCCGAUAUAGCUGCAAAGUUGCAAAAGCUUUUGGAAUCUGGUCUCAUAGCUAUCCAUUGAAGACAUAAAGAACAGUGCGUACAACAUAAUUGCAAGAAAAAAAAUAACACUGCUGUAUCACAAGUUCCUUUAAUGUUAAGGAAAUUCGCAUUCGUGUAUUGCAGAUACCAUAACCAUAUGGGAUACUCUUAUCAUCGUAUUGCUUUUUUUAAAUAAAAAAAAAAAAAUAAAAAAAAAACGAAAAAAAUUGUAUUCAGAAAGUCAUUCGAAAUAGAAGUUUAUGUUGUACACAUAUGUAUUUUUUCGCGAAUACGGUGGCCUUUAGUGUCAUUGACAUUUUUGCAUUAACGAGACUCGAUACCAAUGAUCAUACUGAUACCUAUAUGUGAAGCUCUGUGUGAAAAAAAAAAAAAGGUGUAAUUGUGGAGCUGUGAAUUUUCUUGUGUACAAUAUUUACAUAAAAGUAAAACACUCCAAUGGGUAAGCCGUGAAUAUUGUACGAUCUUCGAAGUUGAUUAGUGUUACUUACGUUUUAAGAGAAAUAUCUAGAGAAUUAGAGCAUUUGAUUGUUUAAACAAUGUAGAGAGAAUUCUACAUAAAAUUAUUUCUGUAUAUGAUGCACACACUUAAUUCUUUAAAUUAAUCUUAUGGUUCAGUUUUACUAGCAUUAGAUAUAUAAUGAAUAGUAAUAAAUGCAGUCAGACGAAAGGCAAGUAAAUAAUGUAAGAAGUACUUCGAGAAAUAAACUUUUUUUUAAACCAUAAAAAUUUCCUACUUUAAAAUACUUUUAUUGUCCUUAACACCUCACCGUAUAUAUUAUACUUAUUUUGAAAAUUUACUUCUAAAUGGAAUUAAAGAUUCCAGAGAUUUUUUCUUAGAUACAAAUGUAUUCUUGUACUUCUCUCACU